AACUCAAUAUAAAGCUAAGAUAUUUUAUACGCAAUCAGUCAUUGCAAAUGUAUUCAACCAUCAGUGUUCUAUUCUAUGUUUGAUAGAAUAUAAAAAUCUGUGUUUAUAUCAAAUAUAUUUGUGUAUUUAUAACAAACUUUAUAUUACAAUUCAUAACAUCAAUUAUAUAUUCUACAAAAAUUAAUCUGAAAUUAUAAAGAAAAAUGGCGAGCAUUUUCGAAAUUUUAUGCGGCAUCGCCAUAUUGUUUCUUGCCCUCUAUUAUUAUUUCACGUCAACGUUUGAUUUUUGGAAAAGUCGUGGAGUGGUUGGACCGAAACCUAUACCAUUUUUUGGCACUUCGAAGGAUUUGAUAUUUAUUAAAAAAUCGACGGCUCAUUUUGUCAAGGAUAUUUACGAAAAGUACAAAAACGAACCAAUGAUUGGUUUAUACGCGACAAGAUCGCCUUUUCUUCUUUUAAAUGACCCAGAACUCAUCAAAGAUAUAUUAAUUAGAGAUUUUUCCAAAUUUGCAAAUCGAGGAUUGGGAGUUUUUGAAAGGACGGAACCAUUAUCACCGCAUCUCUUAAACUUGGAAGUAGAAAGAUGGCGACCAUUGAGAUCCAGACUCUCCCCAAUAUUCACAUCAGGAAAAUUAAAAGAAAUGUUCUAUCUUAUAAUCGAAUGUUCGCUAAAUUUAGAAACAUAUUUGGACAAGUUAAUCGAAAAAAAUGAGCCCAUCGAAUGCCGUGAAUUAACAGCAAGAUUCACAACCGAUGUGAUCGGUUCUUGCGCGUUUGGUAUCGAUAUGAGUUCGAUGACGGACGAAAAUAGCGAAUUCCGUAGAAUGGGCAGAGAAGUGUUCGCUGUGAACUUAACAAACGUUACACGAUUGAAAUUGAAGCAAUUCAUGCCAAGGUUGUACGAUUUACUCGGUUAUGUGAUCCCUGACCGAACAUUCGCACCAUUCUUUACACGAGUUGUGACGGAUACAAUAAAAUACAGAAAUGAUAAUAACAUUGUUAGACCAGAUUUCAUCAACAUGUUGAUGGAGCUACAGAAAAAUCCACAAAAAUUGGAAAAUAUCAAAUUGACGGAUUCACUAAUCGCAGCACAAGCAUUUGUAUUCUUUCUUGCGGGCUUUGAAACUUCAUCGACGACUAUGAGCAAUGCUCUCUAUGAAUUAGCUUUAAAUCAAGAUGUACAGAAGAAGUUACGUGAAGAAAUCAAUACAUUUUGUGCUAAAAAUAAUAGAGAAUUGAAAUAUGAUGACAUCAAAGAAAUGGAAUAUUUAGAUAAAGUAUUUAAAGAAACGUUAAGAAUGUAUCCACCAGCAUCAAUUUUAAUGAGAAAAGCAACAUCGGAGUAUACAUUCAACGACACGAAAAUUACGAUACCUAAGGAAACCACCAUUUGGAUUCCAGCGUUUGCGAUACAUCGAGAUUCGGCUAUUUAUCCGAAUCCUGAUACAUUUGAUCCUGAAAGAUUCGAUAAAGAUGCAAUGGCUAGUCGACAUCCUAUGCACUAUUUACCUUUUGGUGAUGGACCAAGAAAUUGCAUCGGUGCGCGUUUUGCGGUUUAUCAAACUAAAGUUGGAUUAAUUACUAUUCUUCGUAAUCAUAAAGUAGAAGUUUGCGAAAAAACAGUAAUUCCUUACAAAUUUGAUCCAGGUGCAUUUUUGUUGAGUCCAAAAGGUGGAAUAUAUUUGAAAAUAACAAAAAUAUGAAGUGAAUGCAAACAUUGCAUUCAAAAAUUUUCAGGAAUCUAUUAAGUUAAAUAAAAUAUAUAUUUAUGAGGAAUAAUUAAUAAUUAUUAAUAAAUAAUUAAUUCUAAUCAAAGGAAAACAAAAUAAUAGAAUAAUAAUAAUUAAUAUAUCUUUAUCAGUAUAAUUAAUUAGUAUAAUUAGUUUUAUUACUAAAAAUCAGAAAGAAAAAAGUAAUUUUAAAUAUUAGAUUUUUAUUAAAAGAUAUUAUUAUUAUGAAUUCAAUUAUUAAUAAUUUUAUAAUUUUAAUAUUAAUUAUUAAUAUUAAAAUUAAUUAAUAAUUAUUAAUAAUUAAUAUUAAUAAUUAAUUUUAAUAUUAAUAAUUUUCUUGUAUAAAUUUUUUAAAUUUUCUUAUAUUCAAAUAUGUGAUUAAUUAGAAAAUUUAUGUAAAAUGUUCCUCUUACGUAAAAACUUUUAUAAAUAAGAUUUUCAUUUUUCCAUCGCAAAAUUCAAAAUAUUUUUAUUUAUUAUCUAUUAUCAUUCAUUUUUCAUAACUAUGUAUUAAAUAUAUUAUAAUGUAAUAAGCAUAUAUAAUUAAGCAUAUAUAAUUAUAUUUAUAUAAUAUAUUCAUAUAAUUAAUCAAAUUGCAAAUAUUUGAUGUUUGUAAAACAAUUUGUACCAUUAAUAUGAAUAACUAAAAGAUUUAAAAUUGAAAUAAAUAUUUUUUAAUAUUA